UUGUUUAGGGAUGUAGAUGGUAAUGGAGGGUGUUGAGACGUGGAGCGCUUCACUAUGAUACUUGUGUGUUUUAGGGUGCUUGUUACAUGUGAUGUAGCCUGAAUGUGUUUGAAGACUUUCAACAGCGUGACUGAACAACAACAGAAGUCAUGGACGGAGCUUUGGUGGUUAUUCUCAUAUCUGUGGCUAUGUUCGUGGGAUGUUUCGUGCUCGGGAUAAUCCCUUUAUUAAUCAAUUUAUCAGAGCAGAAGCUGCAGCUGAUAACUGUGCUGGGGGCGGGGCUUCUAUGUGGCACUGCUCUGUCAAUCAUCAUCCCAGAGGGGGUGGAGUUAGUACAGGAGUCGUGGAAAGAGUGGUAUUGCUCUACUUUGAGUGGGAGUCAAAAUAUUUCCGAACUGAAUUCAACUCUUCUUCCGGCCACAGAGAAAAGUGUGCGCCCUCAUUUCUUCAUCGGAGUUUCUCUGGUUUUGGGUUUUACACUCAUGUUUGUGGUAGACCAGAUUGCCAACUACUGCUCCAUACAUGAAACCCGAGCACGCAUGUCCAAUAGCAACAGUGUUACCACCACCCUGGGUCUCCUUAUUCACGCUGCAGCUGAUGGUGUCGCUCUGGGUGCAGCCGCAGCAUCAUCACAGGUAUCUGUUCAGGUCGUCGUGUUCUUCGCUGUCAUUUUGCACAAGGCUCCAGCUGCGUUCGGUCUGGUCUCCUUCCUCAUGCACGCUGGUCUGGAGAGGAGGGCGAUUCAGAAGCAUUUACUGGCGUUUUCUGCUGCUGCGCCGCUGUUGGCCAUCAGCACAUAUUUCAUCCUGAGCGCGACCAAUGGCUCUUCGCAGAACCGCCUCAGUGCUACAGGAAUUGGCAUGUUGUUUUCCGCUGGGACUUUCUUGUAUGUGGCCACAGUUCAUGUUCUUCCUGAAAUUAACAGCAGGGGGCAGCAGUGCUCCACUCACCUCCACCAUCAUGCAGGAACAGGGGGCCACCAGCAGGGGGGUCUGGGAGUUAUAGAGAGCCUCACUUUCAUACUGGGAGCGGGACUUCCUGUGCUGUUGGCCCUCGGACUGCCAGAUGAUUAAGCCAUAAGAACAAGCCAUUUUUCUUCAAAAUUCCAAACUUGACUGGCCAUUUGUAUAAUGUUGUUCUGACAUUAAAACGCUCUCUGAGAGCUAAUGUUUUAUGUUUUGUCUUUGUUAAAGUUAAGAAACUCACCAAAAGUGUUAUAUAUAUAUAUUUCAAUAUAAUUAUUUUAUAUUUGCUUUUGGAAGUGAUUUAUUUUAAAAGUGCACAUUGUACAACAUUUAAGUGCAAUACAGUGCUUGUUUUUGAAAAAAUAAUAAUUAUUCUUUUUUACAUUUUUGUGGCUUUGCUUGAACCAAAAAUGCCCGUUUAUUUGUAGCAUGCAAGUAUUAACAUUUGGAGAAUGACAGUGCAAUGAAGACAGGAACAAUUUAGACUUUGAUUUAUCUAAAAUAUAUGCAGUUGAAAAUGGCACGAUAAUCUUUCAGGUACUGGAUGUCUAUUAAAAGUCUUUAAAGCUGCUUUUUUUUGUGUGUAAAUGUUUGGGGUUUUGAGGUUCAGGUGUGUGAAUAUGAAAAUCAUUCGACUUUGAGAAGAUGUACUGCUAACAAAAUGGAAACAAAAAAAGGCUUUUAUAAGCUAAAAGAAUCAACAAAUAAGUGAGAAAUAUUCCAAAACUUUAUUAAUAAUACAAAUUCUUUUAAAAGUCACAUUAUUUGUCUUUUAACACUAUUCACAAAUACUCUUCUGCACUGUUUGAACAUUCUUCAAGCUUGUGUGUCAUGCUUUAAACAUGUUUUUGGUCUUUUUUGAUGCAGACUAAAAGCUUUCUGGUUGUCAGGCUUAGUAAUACCUAUAGAAACACUUGUAAACAUCAUAUAUAAAAUACUAAAUACCCUGCUUUUUCUUUAUAAUAAAAACUGACACUGGUUCUUCAUUGUCUAAUACUUCUGAAAUGAUAUGAGAUGGAAAAGUAUGCAUUUAAAUAUUAAUAUUCAUUCCUUGUGAGCUAGGAUCCUAGUGAGCUAUUCUCUACUAAGAAGUAUUCGCUCUUAUUGUCCUACAUAUAAUAGAUCAUAUGAAAAAUUUUAUUUUGAGAUAAACAUUGUUCAUAAAUACUCUUCUGCACUAUUAGAACAUUCUUUAAGCUUGUGUGUCAUGCUUUAAACAUGUUUUUAAUGCAGUCCAAAAGUUUUUUAAAUCUUAUAGAAACACUGUAAACAUACACAAAUAUGAAAAAUACCCUGCAUUGUAAAACUGACUUUGGUUCUCUAUUGUCCAGUACUUCAGAAAUUAUACAAUGAGAUAGAGCAGUAAAGCUGCAUUUAGAUGCAAUACAAGUUGAGCUCAGUCGACAGCAUUUGUGGCAUAAUGUUGAUUACCACAAAAAUUGAUUUCUACUCAUCCCUCCUAAAACAAAAUCAAGGUUACAGUGAGGCACUUACAAUGGAAGUGAAUGGGGCCAAUUUUUAGAGGGUUUAAAGGCAGAAAUGUGAAGCUUAUAAUUUUAUAAAAGCGCUUACAUUAAUUCUUCUGUUAAAAUGUGUGCAUUAUUUGGGCUGUAAAAUUGUUUUAAUUGUCAUUUUUACGGUCGUUUUAGGAUUUGCUAGGAUUACAUUUUUAGGAUGUUACAUCGUCAUGGCAACAAAGUCGUAAAAUCGGCUAUAACUUUACACAGAAUAGGUUAGUAAGCAAUAAAUCACACUAAAAUCAUGUUACUCAUAUGGUUUACGACUUGUAGCUAUACUUUUGAAAGUGAGUACUUUUACGUUUACAGAUUGACCCCAUUCACUUCCAUUGUAAAUGACUCACUGUAACCCAGAUUUUUGCUUUUU